AUGAAUGCCAGAGGCGGCAUUGACAUAGAGGCUUUGUCCCCUCGAGAUGCUAAUGCCCUUCCGAAGCGCACGACCGAUCUUAAGGCAAAAGCUGCAGCCCAGCUUAAGUCCAGUAAGGACAAGGACCACCCUCCCAUGCCACCACCUUUGGUCACGGAGCCUCCGAGCUCCGACCGCAAGGAUGGUGCUGUGUACCAGGUCGGUAGACUGCUAGGGAAGGGUGGCUUUGCCAUAUGCUACGAUGGCAAACAUGCCGAUACGGGCAAGAGAUAUGCUCUGAAGAUCGUCAAGAGCCAGAUGCCCGUGAAGAUGCAGCAGAAGUUUCAAACGGAGCUGCAGAUUCAUUCCAAGAUGCGGCACCGGAACAUCGUCCAGUUCCAUCGCGCGUUCACCUUUGAGAGCUGCACCUACCUGGCCCUGGAGCUGUGCCCGAAUGGAUCGCUGAUGGAGAUGGUCAAGAAGAGGAAGGGCCUGACAGAGGCCGAAGUACGUUUCUAUACGGUGCAAAUUGCCGGUGCCAUCAAGUACAUGCACGAUAAGGGCAUCAUCCACCGUGACCUGAAGAUGGGUAACAUCUUCCUCGACAAGUACAUGAAUGCCAAGGUCGGCGAUUUCGGUCUCGCCGCUCUUUUGGUGACUGGUAACGACAUGCACACCAUCAGAAGGACCACGCUCUGCGGCACGCCGAACUACAUUGCACCCGAAAUCCUGCAGAAGGGAAAGAGUGGCCACGAUCAUAUGGUCGACAUCUGGAGCCUGGGCAUCAUCAUAUUUGCGAUGCUCACGACAAAGCCCCCAUUCCAGUCGUCGACUACGGACGAGAUCUACCGACGCGCAAGAGAGCGAGAGUACGAUUGGCCAGAGAAUGACCAACGAAUCAUCAGUCCGGAGGCCAAGAUGAUCGUUUCAUCGAUGCUCGUCGACGCGGAUAAGAGACCGGAUCCCGACCUCAUCGUCCAGCACCCCUUUUUUGCCGCCGGAUACGUGCCGGUUCAAGCAGACAUCUCCAUGAAGCUGAGAGAAACCCCUCCUCAACAAGAAAUUUUCUACGACGCCUGUGAGCAGCCCAAGCUGCGCGAGCGCACAAUGCGUAAUCUCAGAGCCCUCUGCCAGGAGUGUGAUGUCGGCCCCUGGCACCAGAGUACUCGACCCCCUGCAACAGCCAUAUGGAGGGAGAUCGCUGCGGAGGAGAAGCAUGGCUUAACCCCCAACAUCCCACUUGCUGCCGACGUCGUGUAUCGCCCCUAUGAUGAGAUCAGGAAAGAGAAGAAGCAACUUGCUGUGUCUCAGUCAGUAUCGAUGCUCUGCGAAAAGACCGAGGCUCUCACUAUCGACUCGUCCUCCGCUACAAAGAUUCAGUCCGGCCUAUUGAGAGCACCACCUCAGAGCUUUGCGGCCCAACAGAGGGCUGCCAACAGACCAAAAAAUGUCCUGCCUACCUCGCAGACGCUCCCAUCCAUGAGUACUGCGCCAACGAGACCAGGUACUGUCCGGGGCCGGGCUGUGAAGAAAGAAUUACCUCUGACCACGAGUGGUGCGCUGUCGGUCGAAGGUCACGAGAAAGCGACUCGCGGCCCAACUCGAACAACAAGGACACAGCUACCCUCUGGCAAGGCACAGCCAACGGCACGAUCAGCAUCCGACAGCCAGCCGAUUUCAAAGACCGAAGCCCCGAAAGAGACCGUGGGCACGGGCCCCGAGGGACAAAAGCUGACGACCUUGUUUGCCCCGGACGAGCCUCAGGAGCUGCUGAAUGAUACCAGGCCCGACGUUGUGUUGGGCAAGAUGCGCAAGCUACAAUCUGAGCUUGAGAGGGCUCUCAAGGCACGCUCCCAGGCGUACCUCUCUGCGCAAGACAAAGAGCCAGACGUCCCAAAGGUUGUCGUCAAAUGGGUGGACUAUAGUAAUAAGUUCGGCGUCGGCUAUAUCCUGAACGACGGCAGCGCGGGAUGUAUACUGAAUCAUGUUGUGGCCCCGCUGGGGAAUGAAGAUGCUGUGCUACCACCGACAUACCUGCUCGUCCAUGGAACUGAGAAGCAUAUUUCGCGGAGACACGACCCGACAUAUUCCGACCGACAUCAAAUUGUGCCGAUGACCAACAACAUCUAUUUCUACGAGCUACAUGGCGAGGAGGGUGUCAGUCGAACGGCUGUGCAUCCAGAGGAGUUCAGGGUCUCGGUGAACCCAGACGGAACUUCCAGCAAACUUGGUCCAGGGAAUGACCUGUGGAAGCACCGGAAGCGGGAGCGGAUCGUUCUCUGGAAGAAAUUCGCCAACUAUAUGCUCCAGUACGCGAGGGAUCCCAAGGAUAUUGAUAUGUUCGCACCAACGACAGGAGAGCCAGGAGACCUCGUUACUUUCUAUCAGCGGUUCGGGGACGUCGGCGUUUGGUACUUCUGUGAUGGGCACAUUCAAUUCAAUUUCCCCGACCACACCAAGAUCGUGCUGGAUUCGACCGGCAAGUGGUGUCACUUCUGGCAUCUCUCCGAGGAGGCUGCCCAGCGCCUCGCGCAGACCGGAGAACUCGACGAGUCCUCACUGGACAACCGUGCAGUACUAAGCUACCCGCUCCAGACGCUACUCAACUUCACCAUGUCAAAUACAACCUCUGCCGCCGCGAGCCAGUCGGGUCGCUACCGACCAGAGAUUCCCAAGGGGCUGCUGUUCGUACCUGACGCCAACGGGUUCCGCGACAAGGUCAAGUUCAUGCACAAGAUUGUCAAGGAAUGGGUACAGAAUGGCGGCAUCGGCCAGAGCGACAUGUCCCGUGAGGGUCGGCUUAAAUGGGACGGAGUCAGGCAGACAAUGCAGGUCGAGCCGGUGACAAAGCACGUCUGGGUGACGGUGGGGGCACGAGGAAGCGACUCGCGACACGCCGUCUGGGUGGACUGCCGGAAGCCGACGGUGCUUCUUGAGAACAUUGAUGAGAACCGAAAGAGCGAUGAUACCCGGAAGGGCUAG